AUCUGAGUUGAGACGACAGGACUGCGACAGUGUCUUCAUCAUAUACAUCAGGUUUAAACAACAAGAGCGUUUGUUUCUUUACUGGAGAAUAGCAGACCUGUCCUGAUUUCCAGGCUUGUGUAAGAACACCUGACUAUGCCGCCUAAAAAGAAAAAGAGUGGAAAAAAGAAGAAGAGUGGGAAGAAAUCUGCGAGGCCAUCCGCCUCAAAACCAACGUCGGACACGCUGAACGAACUCAGCAGGGAAUACUUCUUGAUUCAGAUUAGAGACUUGGAGCAACGUUUGGCUAGAUAUCAAAAGCGGUGUGACGAAUUGCUGGUUAAAAAUGGACAAUUCCAGGACAAGUUUGAUCAAAUGGCAUCAGACAAGAAAGAAAUUGUUUCUUUCUGGAAAAAACAAGUGGAACAAAGAACGGAUGAGAUUGCCACUUUAAACGACAGGCUGAUUGGCCUUCAUCAGGCCAAAGAUGCAGAGAAGGAACAGUAUGAGUCUGCACUAAGGCAACUCCGCACAGAAUUUCAAGAGACUAAAGAUACUUUAACGUCAGAGAACAUGAUUCUGGGAGGUAAACUCUCCUCACUGGAAGAGUUCAAAGUACAGAAAGAAGAUUUAAUGGCUAAGUUUGCUGAUUUGGAGGCUCAGCUGUUUCAGAAAGAACAAGACCAUAAAGAUGUCAUCUACAGUUUGGAGAGGAAAGCUGUCAUUGAUAAAGACAGGUUAAAAAAAGAGAUGGUUUUACGAGUGAACCAGGUAGCGGCAGAGUUUCGAAAGGUGUCAAACAAACAAAUGGCAGACACAACAAAGAGAACCAUCCGUGAGAAUGUCUCCAUUAAUGCACAGCUAGCCAAAAUGUCGGACAAAACAAUGGAGCUGAUACAGGAGAACGAUGAGAUCAAGCAGAAGGAGAAGAAACAGAAGCAGCAGGUGGAGCUUUUAGAAGCCAAUGAAAAGGAACUGGCCAAGAAAAAUCACAGUAAUCAGAAGAUUAUAAGGAUGUUGACAGAGAAAUGUAGGAACCAGGAGGAGAUGAUAAUGGAGUAUGAGUCAAGAGAGGAAGAAUUUGAGGAGCUGGAGAAAGCGUGCCGAACAUACAGAGCUCAGGAGGAGAGUCACAACCAGGAGAUGGAAGCGUUGACGCGCGAUCAGGAGCUACUGCAGCAGAAUGUCAUGGAGAUUCAGUCCUGCCUGGAAGCAGCCAAAAAGGACAAGUUGAGGCUGGAGAAGGUGUUGACAGACACAGCCAUGGCCUUAAGACUGGCUCUCAGGACAGAGAAGCCUGAGGAUGAGGAAGAGGAGGACCUUAACGAUCUGGAGAGACGAGAUCACAUGCUGGAAAACCUACUGGUCCUGCUGAACAGCGCUGCAGCCAUUGGGGUGGGGCCACUCCCUGGGGACCUUGGCAAACAGUAUGACGUCAAAGAGAGGAGCACCAAGAUCCCAGGCAGUGGCAAGGGCAUCCGGAAAGGUCAGAUGGCGAUGACCUCCGGGCCUGGCACCCUUCCACAUUACCAGCUUGGAGACCUAGGACUCAUCCCCAGACCACAGAACCAAAUCCCUACCCACACUGACAAGAUGAAGGGGUUGUCAAUCACGACACGACUAGGAGCUCUGCGGAAAGUCCUCACACGCUCUGUCGGAGUUCAGACUGUCAGUGCUCCUAAGGCAAUGUUUUAUGCGGACCAGUUACUGAAGAAAGCACCUCCAGGGUCCCAGGAAGCCAUUCUGAAAGACCUUCACAGUAGAGAGCGGUUUGGAAGUCCUAUGGCCCUUGGGCCAAUUACAUCCUCAAAGAAACUAUCAAGUAAAGCCUAUUAAUGAUUUUCAUUGGUUGGGUGCACAUCACCUGGUGAACCGUUGACACCUAUAUGGAAAUUUGAUUGGCCUCUUCACACAUUGUUUCAAAGGCUGUCUGUGAUAGGAUGUCUCCACAUUUGCAUGACCAGUAAAAAUGGUUGUUGGAUAUAAGACUUGGCCAAUAAAUGAGCAGCUCAAAUUGUUUGAAUCUGUCGGCAGGUAAUCUCUAUCACAAAACAUGAGAUGAAAUGCUGAAUAACAAUAUUUUUUAUUGCAUGUUUUGUUGUCUUUUUUGUGUGUGUGUAUUUGGAGAAAGGCACACUGCAUGGCACUUUUAAUGAUGUACGUGGCGUAGUGUUCUGUGUUCCCAAAGGUACACGUAUUUUCUCUAUAAGUGACUCGGUCUUGUCUUGUUAUGAAUUUUUAGAAAAUUUUUGUGCAAGUUCUGUGAUGAAAGAAGUUAACUAUUAAGACUUAAAUAGAGAUUUACUUUAUGUGUACCGACAUGUACUGUUUCAUCGCUGAUUGUACUCUGAGUUGAGUUGUUAUCUUGGUGAGUAAUUUGACUUAUGUCUGUACAGCAUCUACUUGUUAAGACUUUUAUUCUCAUGUCCUAAACUAUUGGGGUUUUUUUUGUCUUUUCUUUCAUCAACUUUUGAACGUACAAAAAUUGCUGGCAACACUACUGUUUUUUAACCACAAAUCUUUUAAUUAAACACAAAAUCUAAUAAGUGGAAAUUAUUUUUAUAGUCUGACUUAUAUUAGCUAAAAGUUGUCACUGAAAUGUAUUGAAAGACUCAAAAGCAAAAAGUUUCCUCUAGUUUAUAAAUAAUCUUGUAGAAGAUUUUUUUACAAAUUUAUAUCUAUAAAUUAAUCUGGUAAGUAAGUGUUCCUGUUGUUUACAAUUACCAUUUGUAUUUAUUGUACCUCAG